AGUUGAGGCUUAUGUACAUACACACAAAUACAUAUGCCUGUAUAGUUAUGCUUGCAGCCAUGUGCCCAGGGGAUUGAUAAAAAAUCACAUAUCGUAAAUUCGACAAAGAUGCAACAAACAGCCAGCGUAAUGCAAAACACACCAACAACUGCAACUGCAUAGCGAACAAUGUAGCGAAAAACAAUAAACACCAAUGUAAUCAAUCAGUUGUAGUGCCAACUAACGAAUUGUAUAACAGCUGAGUGUUCUUUCUACACAAUUAGAAUGGAAAUAGAAUUUGUAUAGUUUGCUGUGGAAUUUUAUGCUAUUUCCAGCUCCAAUCUUAUGAGGCUUCUCUGUGGAGACCACAGCGCUAGCGCUCCAGCAAACUGUUGGUGGAUGAGAUGAGCGUUUGCAAGCGGCAAAAAUGUAUUUGAUGGUAUAAAAAGGGCUGCAACUCGGAGAGCCAUGCACACAAAUGCAAUGUCAGUUGGUCGAUCGGUCGGCUGGUGUUCAAACAUUUCAUAUUGACCAGGCAAAUAAUAGUUGCGUAUACGCCGUGUGGUAAAGUGUGAAAGUUAAACUGUGUUCAAUCGGUUGUAUAUUAGUGAACAGAGUUGACUUAAAAUAAUUAACAAAAUAUAAAUAAAAUAAAUAAAAUUCUUUGAAAGUUACUUAUUCUGAAAAAUAAUUUUGGGCUGCUUCACUGCUUCAGAAACGUGGCGAAUAUGUUGAAAAUAUUUAAUUAUUUAGGAAUUUCGCUUUUUCUAUUCAGCACGUGUGCCCAGGCGCAAAGUGGUUACAACUAUGCACGCCCUGAAAUUGCGAACGCCGGUGGUGGCGGAGUUGGCAGCUCAAAUGUCUUGCGCCCGAUAGUGCCCGUCGGCAGCAACGCCUUGGCCGCCACACCGACUUCGCCUCUGGGCUUCCCAUCCACCGCUGGCACAGCUUAUGGCGGCACCGGCGGCGCUGCGACUGCACCUUUCUCCGGCUUCGGGACGCAGCCGUCAGCGUUAGGUGCCACUGGACAAGGCCCGUAUACAGGUGCUACAAACGCUGCGACAUUACAAACUGGCAGUGGUUUCAACGCGGGUAAGCGCCCUAUUUUGGCGUCACAACAACGCGGCGGUGGUGGAGGCGUAUUCGGUGGUGGUCUGACGAGCAUUACAAGCGGUCAGUCGGCAUACGGUAAUACACCACGCGUUUCGGGACUUAACGAUGUGGACUAUAGUGGCGAAGGUGAUUAUUCCGCCAUACCGGGUGUACCAGCCGUUGAUUAUCCCAUAUAUGCGGAGGUGCCACAAACCAAUUUCGAUUGCGCACAGCAACUGCCUGGUUAUUACUCGGACGUUGAAGCGCAGUGCCAAGUAUUUCACAUUUGCGCACUCAAUCGCACCUACUCUUUCCUCUGUCCGAAUGGCACGAUCUUUAGUCAGGAGACCCUCGUGUGCGUGUGGUGGAAUCAAUUUGAAUGCGGAACGGCGCCUGCUCUAUAUGCCAACAAUGCUUACAUAUAUGAUUAUGGUAGCGAACAACGCACUGCAGGCGCUUACAGCGGUACUGGGGGCGGCGCAGCAUUAGGAGCACGCCAAUCGCCCAGUUAUCCAGGCGCAGCUAGUAGCAGCAGCUUACGUGCUACAAGCCCUACAUUGCCCUCUGCUGGUGGUAUUUUCGGUGCUGCCAAUCUACGUCCCACCGCUUUCGGCGCGAUCCCUAGCACAGUGACUCCAGUGCCAUCGACUGCGGGCUACAAUGCAAAUACUGGUCGCUUUCCUACUGGCUCGCCAGCCGGCGGGCAGGCCUUCAAUACUGCCGUUGCACCGAUUGCAGUCGCGCAGUCUACGUAUGGACCCGGUGGUGUUGGUGUCGGCGGCGGUGGCAGUGUGCCGGCAGGCGGUAGCAACGCUAACGCAAAUAGCAAUCGUGAAUAUUUGCCACCAUCGCAACAGCAGCGACGUCCCUAAAUCUACGCCUUUAUUGAGUAGUAUAUAAAAAUCAACCUUCUGUAAUAUUAAAGACCACUGGCAUCUGUACCCGGCUUAUGCUGUCCUUACUCUCAUCCACCCGUACUACUGUUUACGUUGUACACCUUAGUUUAAUCACUUAUACAUUGACCCAUUUAUAUAAUAGUAAUUAAGUAUUCAUUAUCCCAUCCAGCUCAUACUUAAUACUUCAACACUAUUCUCUUCAAAGGCAUGCCUGUUUUCGCUCACCUUCUACGGUUUCCUACCCUUAGUUCGCUUCAUUAAUAAAUAUAAUUACUAGAACGAUUUUACAUAUUUUUUACAAAAUAAAGUAUUCAUGAAAAUACAUUUUAAA